GCAGUGGAUUACCAGACUCAUUAAAUGCUCACUUAGAUUCCUUUACGUUCUUGAUGGGAUAGACUUUGAAUACCUUGCAUCAUGGGCAACGCGGCCAUGUGUAAGGUGUGCGGCUCGGACAAGGGCCUGAGGACAGCCGGGAGCCUGUCUAACCUGGACCAGAACUCCUCGCCAGACUACUACUGUGAGGAGCAUUUUCCUGUGCAGCCUCCGUUGAUGUUGUCGGACAGUAACACCAGUUUCCUGCGAGCGGCGAGGGCGGGGAACAUCGACAAGGUUUUGGAAUAUCUGAAAGGGGGAGUGGACAUCAGCACCUGUAAUCAGAAUGGUCUUAAUGCACUGCACCUGGCAGCCAAGGAGGGCCACGUGGAUCUGGUCCAGGAGCUUCUGGACCGAGGUGCGGCGGUGGAUUCAGCCACAAAGAAAGGAAACACAGCACUUCACAUAUCCUCUCUAGCUGGUCAGGCUGAAGUAGUGAAGAUCCUGGUCAAACGAGGAGCUGACAUCAAUGCACAGUCUCAGAAUGGAUUCACUCCUUUAUACAUGGCCGCUCAGGAGAAUCACCUAGAUGUGGUGCGCUACCUUCUGGAGAAUGGAGGCAACCAGAGCACCGCUACAGAGGAUGGCUUCACCCCUCUGGCCAUCGCCCUCCAGCAGGGCCACAAUCAGGUGGUUUCUGUUUUACUCGAGAACGAUACCAAAGGCAAGGUCCGCCUUCCGGCCUUGCACAUUGCUGCCCGCAAGGACGACACCAAGUCCGCCGCCCUGCUCCUCCAGAACGACCACAACGCGGAUGUCCAGUCGAAGAGUGGAUUCACCCCCUUACAUAUCGCUGCCCACUAUGGGAACGUCAACGUGGCCACUCUCCUGCUGAACCGAGGGGCAGCAGUCGACUUCACUGCAAGGAAUGGGAUUACUCCCCUACAUGUGGCCUCCAAGCGGGGCAACACUAACAUGGUUCGCCUGUUACUGGACCGUGGUUCUCAGAUUGAUGCUAAAACAAGGGAUGGCCUCACUCCCCUCCACUGUGCAGCUCGGAGUGGACAUGAUACAGCUGUGGAGUUGCUGCUGGAGAGAGGAGCACCCUUACUGGCCAGGACCAAGAACGGGCUGUCUCCUCUCCACAUGGCGGCGCAAGGGGACCACGUUGAAUGCGUCAAACAUCUUCUGCAGCACAAGGCGCCUGUUGAUGACGUCACAUUGGACUACCUGACAGCGCUGCAUGUGGCAGCGCACUGCGGCCACUACAGAGUCACCAAACUGCUGCUGGACAAGAGGGCCAACCCCAACGCCAGGGCACUGAAUGGCUUCACUCCCCUGCACAUAGCCUGUAAGAAGAACCGUGUAAAGGUGAUGGAGCUGCUGGUCAAGUAUGGAGCCUCCAUCCAGGCCAUCACAGAGUCUGGUUUGACUCCCAUCCAUGUGGCAGCCUUCAUGGGUCACCUGAACAUUGUUCUGCUGCUGCUGCAGAACGGAGCCUCGCCCGACGUCAGCAACAUUCGUGGAGAGACAGCGUUACACAUGGCAGCCAGAGCGGGUCAGGUGGAGGUGGUUCGAUGUUUGCUGAGGAACGGAGCAAUGGUGGAUGCCAGAGCGAGGGAGGAUCAGACUCCCCUCCAUAUCGCAUCCCGUCUGGGAAAAACAGAGAUUGUCCAGCUGCUGCUGCAGCACAUGGCCCAUCCCGACGCCGCCACAACCAACGGCUACACCCCGCUCCAUAUCUCUGCCAGGGAGGGCCAGGUGGAGACGGCCUCCGUGCUGCUGGAGGCCGGGGCUUCACACUCGCUGGCCACCAAGAAGGGUUUCACUCCCCUGCAUGUGGCCUCCAAGUACGGAAGCCUGGAUGUAGCCAAACUUCUGCUGCAGCGUCGCGCUCCAUCUGAUUCUGCUGGGAAGAACGGCCUCACCCCGCUUCAUGUCGCGGCACAUUACGAUAACCAGAAGGUUGCGCUCCUGCUCUUGGACAAAGGAGCGUCCCCCCACGCCAUGGCCAAGAAUGGCUACACUCCUCUCCACAUCGCGGCUAAGAAGAACCAGAUGGAGAUCGCCACAGUUCUGCUGCAGUACGGAGCCGAGACCAACAUCCUGACCAAGCAGGGGGUCACUCCGCUCCAUCUGGCCUCCCAGGAGGGCCACGCCGACGUGGCUGCCCUGCUCAUAAGCAAGGGAGCCCAGGUCAACGUCCCCACCAAGAGUGGCCUGACUGCCCUCCAUCUGGCAGCCCAGGAAGACAAAGUGACUGUUGCAGAGAUCCUCGCCAGAAACGGAGCCAACCUCGACCAGCAGACCAAAUUGGGAUACACCCCGCUGAUUGUAGCAUGUCACUAUGGUAACGCCAAGAUGGUCAACUUCCUGCUUCAGAACGGAGCCAGUGUCAACGCCAAGACCAAGAAUGGAUACACUCCCCUUCACCAGGCAGCCCAGCAGGGCAACACACACAUCAUUAACGUUCUGCUGCAAUACGGUGCCAAGCCCAACGCGAUCACUGUGAAUGGUAACACUGCUCUGGGUAUUGCUCGGAGGCUGGGCUACAUCUCUGUGGUGGACACACUGAGGGUCGUCACAGAGGAGAUCAUCACCACCACAACGACGGUGACAGAGAAACACAAGCUGAACGUGCCAGAGACCAUGACUGAAGUACUGGAUGUAUCAGAUGAGGAGGCAUUGAAAACCAUUGAUGAUGAUGAUAUGUCAGACGACCCCAUGGAUGAGGAAGGCGAUGACACGAUGACAGGUGACGGAGGGGAGUAUCUGAGGGCCGAGGACCUCAGGGAGCUGGGUGAUGACUCCCUCCCCGGGCAGUACCUGGAUGGAAUGAACUACCUCCGCUUCAGCCUGGAGGGAGGGCGCACGGACAGUCGAAUGCAGAGUUCAGACAGGUCCUUCACCCCCACCCACCACAGCUACUACUCCCCCAAACAUGAAGGCAUGAUGGAUGAGAUGCUCACCAGCCACCAAGUUUCGUCACUUGCCAGGGAGAAUGAGAGGGACUCGUACAGACUGAGCUGGGGAACGGAGAACCUAGACAAUGUGGCUUUAUCCUCCAGCCCCAUCCACUCCGGCCAUUCCUCUCCGUGCCAUGAUCAUGGAGACCACAGCAGCUUCCUGGUCAGCUUCAUGGUGGACGCCAGGGGCGGAGCCAUGCGCGGCUGCCGCCACAACGGCCUGCGCAUCAUCAUCCCACCCAGGAAGUGCAGCGCGCCCACGCGGGUGACAUGCCGGCUGGUGAAGAGGCACCGUCUGGCUACCAUGCCCCCGAUGGUGGAGGGCGAAGGCCUGGCGAGCAGGCUCAUCGAGGUGGGGCCCUCAGGAGCCCAGUUCCUCGGUCCUGUGAUCGUGGAGAUCCCCCACUUUGCCGCCCUGCGGGGAAAAGAGAGGGAGCUGGUGAUACUGAGGAGCGAGACGGGAGAGAGCUGGAAGGAGCAUCACUGUGAACACACCCAGGAGGAGCUCAACCAGAUCCUCAACGGCAUGGAUGAGGAGCUGGACACACCGGAGGAGCUGGAGAGGAAACGCAUUUGCCGCAUCAUCACCAGAGAUUUUCCACAAUACUUUGCGGUGGUGUCGCGCAUCAAGCAGGACAGUAAUCUGAUUGGUCCAGAGGGAGGUAUCCUGAGCAGCACUGUGGUGCCCCAAGUGCAGGCGGUUUUUCCUGAGGGGGCCCUCACCAAGAGGAUCAGGGUUGGACUGCAGGCCCAGCCAGUGAAUACAGAUGUAGUGAGGAAGAUCCUGGGAAACAAGGCCACCUUCAGCCCCAUUGUCACCCUGGAGCCCCGCAGGAGGAAGUUCCAUAAACCCAUCACGAUGACCAUCCCUGUCCCCAAGAGCAACUCCGACCCGGUCCUAAAUGGUUUCGGAGGGGACACCCCCACCUUACGACUGCUCUGUAGUAUCACUGGUGGAACGACGCCAGCCCAAUGGGAGGACAUAACAGGAACCACCCCAUUAACAUUUAUUAAUGACUGUGUCUCCUUUACCACCAAUGUGUCUGCAAGGUUCUGGCUCAUAGACUGUCGGCAAGUCCAGGAAUCUGUCAACUUCUCCUCUCAGGUGUACCGGGAGAUCAUCUGUGUCCCUUACAUGGCCAAGUUCGUCAUAUUCGCCAAGACCCACGACCCCAUUGAGGCCCGACUGCGCUGCUUCUGCAUGACUGACGACAAAAUCGAUAAAACGCUGGAGCAGCAGGAGAACUUCAUGGAGGUGGCGCGCAGCCGAGACGUAGAGGUCCUGGAAGGCAAACCUAUCUAUGCAGACUGCUUUGGAAACCUUGUACCCCUCACCAAAAGUGGCCAGCAUCAUCUCUUCAGCUUCUAUGCCUUUAAGGAGAACAGACUAGCUCUCUUCAUCAAAAUCAGAGACAACACUCAGGAGCCGUGUGGCCGUCUGUCCUUUAUGAAAGAACCCAGGAACUACAGGGCACUCACCCAGAAUGCCAUAUGCAACCUCAACAUCACCCUCCCAUCAUACUGCAAGGAGUCCGAUUCAGAUCAAGAGCAAGAGGAAGAGACCAGCAGAACGCUCGAGAAAUUAGACCCACAGGAUGAAGCAGAGAGAAAAGAGCAACGGUUGGCCAUUAUAGCUGACCACUUGGGCUUCAGCUGGACGGAGUUGGCACGACAGCUGGACUUCAGUGAGGAGAAGAUCAACCUGAUAAGGAUUGAAAACCCCAACUCACUGCAAGACCAAAGCCAUGCCCUUUUGAAACUGUGGGCAGAGAGGGAGGGAAAGCAUGCCACAGAAACGAGCCUGAUCAAAAGACUGACAACGAUCAAUCGGAUGGACAUUGUUCACCUCAUUGAAACCAAGAUAAUCAAGUCCACCCAGGACGAGACAUCAUCGCACACCUAUGCAGAAAUUGAGCGGACCAUAGCACUGGACCAUAGUGAAGGUUUCUCUGCCCUUCAUGAAGACAUUGACAGCCCCAGGCCAGGCAGGCGCACAGAGCCCGCACGCAGGCGGAGUCCAGGCUCCGGACAAGAGGUACCCAUGGUGUCAGCAGAGGACCUGUCCUCCAGUUUGUCAUCACUUCACGAGACGACGGGACGAUCAGAGACAGACACAACAGCAACAGGCCUUCUUAGAAAUGCCCAGAAAGAUAAACUGCAAAAAGAGAUGGAGACAACAUACUCAUCACAAAGAAUAUACGAGGAACUGACAGACACGGUACACACAGGCAGUUUCAAACAAGUAAGUCCCUUCUUCACAUUGUACCGCACCUCUCCCUACAAUCUCCGAUCCCAUGUGAUCGACCCGGUGUACAAAGGGGGACCCAAGUUAGGUGCCCAGAUUACUCCUUACCCCACUGUUGAACCCUGUGAGGAUGAGGGAGCUGCUGAAUAUGAGGGGGCAGAGGGAGGAGAGGAGUGGAGCUUGGAGUGUCUACAAACCACCCAUUCUGAGUACAGUGUUCAUUAUUUGUCACCGUUGCCUUGGCGAGAGUCAUCCAAUAACUCUCGAACUGGCAUAUGCGAGAGUCGACCGUUGUCUAUGACUGAUUUUGGAGAUAGCUUGAUUGAGUGUGAACAAGCCGAGCAAGACUUCAGGAAACUGUCUAUAGAGCUCACAGGAAGCGAUGAGGUCUCUGAAAAGGCAUGCGUUACACAAGGAUCAACAAAGGAACAAAUGCUCCAGCACACUUGGCCUACCUCUGGGUCUCCUGUUUCGGUUAAUCCAGUGACAGAAUCUACGCAGACCAAACAAACGGUUUCAGGACACAUGGAUGAAGUUUCACGUCGACUGUAUGAAGUCCUGUACGGAUAUGAUGUUGAGCUGAUAGAUUCAGAAGAGGAUGUGUCUGUGAUGCUUAUGAAUGCACCUCCUGAAGAUUCAAUUCAAGCCGGAGUCAGGAAAGAUGAAGAGGAUAAAAUUGAUGUUUGCCAGGCCACAACUUCAGGUGACCUGGAUGUCAGAUCAAGCGACGACACAAAUCAAACUCGGCACACAACUACUCAGGAGGUAGCUGGUUCUUCUGAUGUCAGUCAUACCAUUCCAAGUUUAACAUCUCAGAAAGCAAAAUUCAUAAGCUCAGCCGGUUUCAUUCAGUUGUCACAUGACUCAGCUUUUGAGAAAACACUGUCAUCCACACACAGUGAACCUGAAAAUGAGGCUGUGUUCUCUGUAGAGAGUACACCUGAGACUGAAGCAUCCAGAUACAAAUCCUCUUUACCAGAAUCUGCAUCUGAAACCAUUCAUAGCUUAGCUCAUCAUGGAUCAUCUUCACCUGAAUGUGUGAUUGAUGAAACAAUAUUACUGACAGAGAGCAGGGCCUCAUCACCGGAAUCAGCAUCGUCAGUCAGCGAGCUGAAUUUUCUUGCACCUGAUUCUCCAAUACCUCAGUUUAGACCCUUGUCUCCCCUUCCACCCCCUGUUUUUCCAUGGGAAACCAGUGCUGCUGGGGCAUCUGCUCAGGGGCAGCCGUUCCUGAGUGCCCCAGGAGGCGCUUCUAUGCUUUUAGCACUGGAAGCCGAGGAAAGGCCAUUAACACCAAUGGUUUCAAACAAAAGACCAUUUGGAAGGCCAGUAUCACCAGGCAGUGAUUACAGUAGUGAGAGAUCCAUCUCACCUCAGUCAUUAACUUUUGAUAUUGAGGACAGAACAUCAUCACCCGAGUCUGUCCUUUUAGAAACCGAGCAGUUGCUUUUUUCAUCCUCUGAGCAUGUGAAUCUGUCCCCUGAUUUCCUGGAGAUGAGAUCAUCAUCUCCUGAAUCCAGAGGCUCCAUCACUGCACAUUGUCUGCUUCCACCAGACUCCCCUGUUGCAGAUUUUAGACCAGCUGUCUCUCAUUCUUUUACGACCUGUGAAUGUAGAUCAUCUUCACCUGAGUCAGUGUCGUCAGAUGUGGGCUUUGAAGUGGCAAUUUUGUUACCAGCACCUUAUGAACACAGGCCCUCAUCCCCAGAAUCUGUAGCAUCUGUUCAUGAGCAUAAAGCAUUGUCACCUGAUUCACCUGUACCUGAAUUCAGUUACAAUGGGCCUGACUCAGCCAUUGUAACGAUAAGGGAGAGAUCCACCUCACCUGAAUCGGUAUGUUCAGAUGUGGAAUAUGGCUCCAUGUCUCCAGCAUCACUUAACCAUGAGAACAGAGCUUCAUCACCUGCUUCAGUUGCAUCUGGAGAUGAAUCUGAAUCAGUUUUACCCUCGACUGAACCAACUGAGUCUGCACAGACAGCUUGUGAUUCCAUAUCUGAUGAUCAUAGACCACCAUCACCAUUAGCAUUUGCUACAGAGAACAAACCACCAACACCAGUGGCAUUAGAAUCUGAGUGUGAUGAUGGCUGGGUUAUUAUAUCUUUGUCUGAUAUUAAGGAAAGGCCACUUUCUCCAGAGUCAGUGUCAGACUGCAGACCAAUUUCUCCAGAGUCAGCAGGGUUAGACAUUAGAGCAUCCUCUCCUGAAUCAGAAACUUUAAAUGAGUGUUUAUCUCCAGAUUCUCCCAUUCCACAAUAUAUGUCCUAUGUGCAUCAUGACGUUACUUUAAAGGAUCACUCCUCAUCACCAGAAUCUGUGUUGUCAGAUACAGAGUAUGAGACUGAACCAAUGUUGUCAUAUUUUGAGAACAGGCCAUUAUCUCCUGAUUCUAGUGGUUCAGUAAAUGAUUAUGAAUCAUUAACAAAUCCUGUAACUGACCUGCCUCCUGAGGAAGACAUGGCACUUGAACUGACCCAAGCUACCAUUGCUUUAGAAGAGACAUGCAUUGAAAAGCAUGGUGGUGGUCAGCCUGACAUUGUCACACCACCAGCAGAAGAUGAGGUCUCGUCAACUGAUGUAAUUACAGAAGAAUUAUCUCAUGAGUUGUCUGAUGAAGGAAAACCAAAGGAGGAAAUGUACAAUCCAUCGACUGAGAAGACAAAAUCAGCUAAAAAGAAAAAAUCUAAGGAAUCAGUCAAACAGGACAGUUCAGUGCCAGUCCACAGUUUAUCAUAUGAUGCAGAACAAUGGAGGCUUAUCUCUCAGAUCCAUGACCCACAGUAUGUAGGAGAAACCUCCACGGGUAAAACAGGAGUGAAUCACUUUGCUGAAACAAGGACAGAGCUUUAUCAAGCAGUUUCAGACGAGGCAGUUGGAGAUGAAACAGGUUCUUUGGAAUCAGAAAAUGACCGAAGACCACUCUCACCUGAUUCUGAAGCAGAAUAUAGACCCAUGUCACCAGAAUCACUGAGUGCGGCGGAAUCGUUCAGACCAGAUUCCUCCCACUCAGAGAGAUCUGUAGAUAGUCAGCGAGCUUUAACACCAGAUUCCCCUAUUCCUCAGUUCUUAAACACUUUCUCUGGAACCUCUCAAGUUUAUCACAGAUCUGUGUCAACAGAGUCAGUAUUAUCAGAUCUGGAACUAGAGACUGAUUUAAGCAUUUCAUUUCUUUUUGAGGACAGACCAGCAUCUCCUGAUUCAGUAUCAUCUGUAGACAUAUACAGGGCACUAUCACCUGACUCACCUAUUCCUGAGUUUAGACAGUCUUUACUAGAGUCAGUUCUUACUGCUAGAUUGGAUUCAUGUUCAUCGCUUGAAUCAAUGGCCUCAGAUCUAGAAAGUGGGACUGCCUGUUUGCCAUUAUUAUUCUCUGAAAACAGACCAUCUUCCCCGGAUUCUGUUGAUGUUGACAGGCCACUUUCCCCUGAGUCACCCAUACCUGCACAAUCAAGUGAAGACAUAAUUAUUACCAAGCAGAGACCUGACUCACCAGAGUCACAAGUGUUGGAGACCACUGAGAGAGUACUGGAUGGUAGUAGUCAAACUCUAAAGACAAUCCAGGUGCCGGUCUAUAGACUUGUUUAUGAUGCUGAACACUGGAAGCUCAUUUCUCAAAUAUAUGAUCCUCACUAUGUUGGAGAGACAUUUUGCAGUAAAACAGGGUUUUUUGAGUAUGCUGGAAUGAGAACUGAGUAUGUUCUAGAGGAUUCAGACGUGAAAGGGGGAAAUUCAGAGGAGGUUGUGAAGUCGGACAUUGUAGAUACAUCGGAUGCAGAUGUUCUACAAGCAGCUCAAGCAAAGACUGAGGGGGAAGAAAGACCAGUGUCACCUAAUUCUGAGUCAGAAUACAGGCGUUUAUCACCAGGAGAAUUGACAUUAAGUGCACUCAGGUUUGACUUACCGGAGUCUUUGAAAGACCUGUCUCCAGAUUCCCCAAUUCCCCAGUUUCCCAUUGACUUUGCAAACAUCUCACAGUCCCUGCCCUAUUCACCAGGAUCAGCAGUGUCACCAAGUUCUUCAGUAUCUUUAGAUGAAAACAGGGCAUUAUCAAUUGACUCACCUUUACCAGACUUCACACCUGCUGUACCUGAAUCAGUUACAGCUGCUGUUGGGUACAGUUCCUCUUCACCAGCGUCUGUACUUUCAGAUAUAGAAUAUCAGUUUUCAGCUUCAGAAGAGUUUACAAGCCAGAGAGCGGACUCACCUGAAUCGGUUGCUUCCAUCUCUGCUGAAGAAAGGCAGUCUGGUGCUGGUGCAACAUUUAGAGUAAACCAGUUGAUACGUCAACUGUAUGACCCUCAGUAUGUAGAGGAAGCUUUUGUAAGCACCGCUGAAGUGUUUGAAUAUGUGGAGACCAGUAAAGAUGUUCCCCUUCUUUCAGAUGCAGAGGAGAUAGAUAUGCCAAGUGGCCUGACUUUGCAGUCAGAAACUGAGAUGAGGCCACUUUCACCAGAAUCUUUGAUGGAAUAUAGACCCAUAUCACCUCAAUCACUGAUGUUGACAGAAACAAGAACAUCAUCUCCUGAUUCAACAACAUCAGUUAACGAGUUGCUGGAUUCUCCUUUACCACAAUUUAGCCAAUAUAUAGAGCCAGUUGUGUUAGUUCCAGGCAGCAGGUCAUCAACACCUUUAUCUGUAAUAUCAGACACUGAAAUGGAUGUUUUGGACAUGUCAUUUAUAGAGUUACAACGGAGAUCUUUCACCCCCGAUUCUGAAAAUGAGCUCAGGGGACUUUCACCUGAUUCACCCAUACCUCGAUUCCCGCAGACUAUACUUCACCCAACUGUGUCAACUGCUCAAUACAGAUCCUCUUCACCUGAGUCCAUUUGUCAUUCAGAUAUAGAGUGUGAAGAUGGGUCAUUUCCUGCAGUAUCCGAUGAGCCUAGACCUCAAUCACCUGAUUCAGUGGCAUCUAGAGAUGAAUGCCAGGCCCUGUCACCAGAUUCACCUGUACCUCAGUUCAGUGUAAGAGUGAUCGAACGUUUUCCAUCGUUUGUUGAGUUUAGGUCUGCAUCCCCUCAAUCAGCUACAUCAGAUGUUGAGUAUGCACCUUUAAUUAAUUCCUCACCUGAUACUGAAGAUAGACCAGAUUCUCCAGAGUCUUUCGAGCCAGAAAUUGAAAAGAGACCUCUGUCACCUGAUUCUGAAUCUGAAUAUAGGCCUUUCUCACCGGCAUCACUGCUGUUAACAAAUUUCAGAUCGUCCUCUCCUGAAUCAACUGGCUCUCUAAAUGAAUUUAGAGCUCUUUCACCAGACUCGCCCAUUCCAGAAUUAAGACUGGUACUACAGGAGUCCUUAAUCACAUACAUGGAAUAUAGAUCCUCUUCACCAGAGCCAGCGUCAUCAGUUUUUGAAGUGGACAUGAAAUUACCUUUCUCAGUCUUAUUUGAGGACCGACCUUCAUCUCCUGAGUCUUUAGCCUCAGUCAGUGAAUAUAGAAGACUUUCAUCUGAUUCUCCCAUACCAGAGUUCACACCAGCUUUGCCAGCUUCAUAUGUUGUCAGUAGAAACAGCUCAGCAUCUCCUGAAUCAGUUGCAUCGGAUAUAGAAUAUGCUCCAUUGAUUUCUCAGCUGUUUGACGCCAAGGACAGACCAGAUUCUCCACAAUCAUUCUUGUCUUUCUCUGAAUACCAGCGUUUGUCACCAGACUCUCCAAUACCCCAUUACACCUGUUCUGAACUUCCAGUGUUUACAGUAAUGUAUAGAUCCACUUCACCUGAGUCAGUACAUUCAGAUGAGGAUUUGGAGACUGAUUUGUGUAUCCCCUGGCGUUUUGAGGACAGAGCAUCAUCUCCUGAUUCAACUGCAUUCAAAGAUGAAUUUAGACCUCUUUCACCAGACUCUCCCAUUCCUGAAUUUACACAGGCACUUCAAGAGUCCUUUAUAUCACACAUAGACUUAAGGUCCUCUUCACCUGAAUCAGUGUUGUCGGAGUUGGAAAUGGAUUGGAAAUGGAAUUAUGUUUCCCAAUGGUCGUCGAAGACCGACCUUUGUCUCCUGAGUCUAUUGCAUCCUUGAGUAAAUACAGAAGACUUUCUCCUGAUUCCUCUGUACCUGACUUUGGACAGACUUUGCCAGAGACUUAUCUUGGGGUUAAAGAUUACAGAUCAUCGUCACCUGAAUCAGAGGGUUCAGAAAUAGAACAUGUUUCUUUGAUUUCACUAAUGUCUGAUUUUGAGGACAGAGCAGAAUCCUGUCAGUCAGAGGUGUUUGACUCCGAUCUUAGAUAUUUGCCUCCUGACUCUCCGCUACCACAGUUCACCACGAGUGUACCCACUAUGACAGAAGUGAGAUACAGAUCCACAUCACCUGAAUCAGUACGUUCAGAUGAGGAUUUGGAGACUGAUAUAUGUAUUCCUUGGCUUUUUGAGGACAGAGCAGCAUCUCCUGAUUCAACUGGAUCCAAUGAUGAAUUUAGACCUCUUUCUCCAGACUCACCCAUUCCUGAAUUUACACAGGCACUACACUAUGAGUCCACCAUUUGUCACAUGGACUUUAGGUCCACUUCACCAGACUCAGUGUUGUCAGAAUGUUCAGAGAUAGAAUACAUCGUUAUAAGCCUAGGAUCACUAGUUUAUGACAAUCGACCUUCUUCACCUGGCUCAGGAGCUUCUGUAGAUGAGUAUCAGGCUCUCUCACCAGACUCACCCAUUCCUGAAUACAGACCAGCAGCACCUGAACGUGUUAUUGUGAACGUUGGGUAUAGAUCGCCCUCUCCCGAAUCCAUUGAAUCAGAUAUUGAAUAUGCUUUGAGUGAGUUUUUGAUGUCCAUGAAUUAUGGAGAUGAGGACAGACAAGAUUCUCCUGAAUCAGUUGAAUCCACAUCAGAGCACAAACCCUUGUCCCCAGACUCACCUCUUCCUUGGUUUACACAAAACGUUCUUGAGACAUCAACAGCAGAAAUACACCAUGGCAGUUUGUCCCCACAAUCAAUAUUGUCAGAUACUGAAAGUGAUUUGGCCUAUUCUGCUUCAUUUGACAUAGAAGUCACUGACAUGAGAACACUAUCACCUCAGUCAGAGCAAUCAGAUGAUGAAUGUAAACACCUGCCCCCUGAAUCACCAAUACCUGAUUUUACAAAGACAUUAGUAGAAAAUGUCAUGACUAUAAGAGACAUGUCACCCACUGAAUUUUCAGAUUCAGAUGAUGUUUCACAAACUUUAGACCUGUUUUGUGCAGAAGUCAGGCCUUCAUCACCAGAAUCUAUCGACCCAGAUAAGGAAGAAUUACUGUCAACAACAAUGGCACCUGUUUCACCUGAAUCAUCCAUUAUGGUAGCUGAGUAUAAUGUCAUUUAUGAUGUUGAGUUGUGGAAGCUGAGUUCUCAAAUACAUGAUCCUCAGUAUGCUGGAGAAACU